AUGCGUCGUAUUGUCAAUGCUCUGGCUGUGACCGGGCGGUUAAUGCGAGCAUUCGACAUCGAUUUCUCCUGGAUAACUCUUGCCCACUGGAUUAGCCUCAUCGAACAGUGGCCAUAUCAACUCUCAUGGAUGAUAGAGUACGUCGAGAAGAACAAAGUGCACGAAAGUGCCACUCUGGCUGACCUCUACGAAACGGUUCGUAACCUCAUUCCAACGGAAAAGAAUGACUACCUGAUGGAGAUGGAUCGAAAUCCAAAAACGCUGGAUGCAUAUUUUAAAAGCGAACUUGAUCCGAUUCUGACAGUUGGUCAGUUAAAGUCGUUUGUCCCUUUCACAUCGAACCUCGAUCCUUACAUCCGCAAGCUUAUUCGAGAACAGUUUGAUUCGUCAGAAAGCACAGACUUUCAGACGGUGAAGCAAGACCCCGAUGAAGCGCAGUCUUCAGAAACACAUGCGUCGUUUUACGGUGUCAAAAAGUUGUUUUCGGGCCCGCCUUGGCAUAACUGGUUGCUUAGUUCUAUGACGGUGGAUGAGGUUUGUGCCCUGAUGAAACUCUUGCCUGUGUCAAGUACGGAAGCGCUGGAAACCUACUGUCGCCGUUGUCAGUCUGCGAACGUAUCUGGUUUGGUUUUGUCAGUGUGCAAUCUCGAGAAGCUAAAGUCUGAGCUAAGAAUGUCAUUUGGAGACUGGGAGCUGUUCUCUUUGAUGGUAGCUUGGCAGCACAAUAUCUUUCAUUUUUCGAAACUUGCAUGCCAUUUCAGGUGAAU